AUGGUGCUGCUCCUCGGAACUGUCCUCGCAGUGCUGCUGGGGAGCUCCCCCGUCACGGCAGGCUCCCUGCGUGACAUCGAGCAUGUCGUCAUUUUCAUGCAGGAGAACCGUGCCUGGGAUACGGCAAGUCUUCCUUCUCCAUAUUUUGGCACUAUGGCCGGUGUCCGUGGCUUCAAUGACCCCAAUGUCCAGGUCAAUUCCGAUGGCCAGUCGGUCUGGAACCAGGUCGUUGAUCCAAGCAUGUCUACUGCUACUAAGACUCUUCUGCCCUGGUACCUGGGCUAUCAAGGAGGUGACUCGCACAAGGCAAUUCAGUGCAUGGCAGCCGGUGACAACGGCUACCAUGAUAACCAGGCCGCUCUCAACCAAGGUCUGAACAACCACUGGGCCCGUAACAACACUCCCUGGAGCUGGGGAUACUACAAGCGUGAGGAUAUUCCCGUGCAGUUCGCUAUUGCCGAGGGAUGGACCUCUGGCGACAUGUACCAGGAGUCGCAAAUUACCGCCACCAACCCCAACCGUGUCACUCUGGUCAGUGGCUCCGUCAAUGUCCCCGGCAGCCCGCAGAACUCCACCCAGGGUGGUGUGUACAUUGACAACAACGAGAUGCCCGGCUGCGAUGGCAAUGGGAUCAACUGCUACCCACUGAAAUGGAAGACCGUUUACGAGUUCUACGAGGAAGCCGGCGUCUCGUGGCAGCUCUACCAAGAUACCAACAACUUUGACGACAACCCCUUGGCCUGGUUCCAGCAGUUCCAGCAGGCGAACAAGAACUCUCCUCUGGCCAAGAAGGGUAUGUCUUUCGUCGGCCUCGAUGCCUUCUACGCUGCCGCUGCCAAUGGCUCCCUCCCCGAAGUCAGCUUCAUUGUUGGGCCUGCCGAGCUGUCCGAGCACCCGCCCUACCAGCCCAAGGACGGUGGCUGGCUCCAGAAGCAGGUUGUCGAUGCUGUCAUCAACAGUCCCAAGUACUCGUCUACUCUCCUGAUGAUCAGCUUCGAUGAGACUGGUGGAUUCGGUGAUCACGUUACUCCUUUCCAUUCCCCCCCAGGAACCCCCGGAGAAUGGAUGAAGGAUCCAUUGGGUGUGUUCGGUGACGUCUUUGUGGGACCUGGUUUCCGCGUGCCUUUCUAUAUGAUCUCCCCCCUGGACUCGCGGCAACCGCGUCUUUACCGAGCGGGCCGAUCACAACUCGCAGAUCCUAUGGUUCCGUGGCGACGUGCCCACAUGUCCAAUCUGGUCAAUGCCCUGGAUCUGGACAACCCCGAUCUGUCUCUCCCUAAUAUCCCCGAAGCCGACACCCCCAUCACCAACAGCAACGGCGACUACGUCGGCUCAUCCCAGUGCCAGUCCAAGUUCAGUAACCCGCGCCCUCCCGUCCCCUACGGCCAACAGGUGCAAAAUUCCACCAACGCCCUUUGGUUCGAGGACGGCUUCAAGGAGGUUGUCGGUUACCUGACCGAGGGGCGCUACCUCGUCGCCGAAAAGGGUGGCUCUGCCCUGACCAACUCCGGCGAGCGAGACUAUGUGACUGCCACCCCCGCGACUGAUAAGCAUGAUUCCAAGCACCAGCGCUGGGUGAUCCAUUACACCGAGGACGCCGAGAGCGAGAUCUUCACCAUCUCCAGCGCCCUCGACGGCCGCUGGCUUGGUGCCCGCGGUGCUCUGCUGGACAGCGACCGGGGUGCGUCCGCCGAGCCCGUUCGCAUCACCUUCCUCGGCAACGGUCUGGGAUAUGCCGUGCAGUAUGUCCGGGGCAACCAGUACAUUGACGUGAACCACGUUGGCCAGCUCGAGAUCGCGACCCAGCGCCAGGCGUCUAACCUGGGUUUCAAGCUGUUCAGCGUGACCUAUCACGACUAA